AGGUGGAUCGGGCGUAAGUGGCCGAUAUCUAUAUAAAUGUGGCCGGGGGCGAACCGGCAGCAGGAGGCGAGCGGGGCCGGGCGGGCAGCAGCCGGCCGGGCCAGCCGCGCAGCGCCCGCCGCCGGCAGCGGAGUCGCGGGGCGCCCGGCCCCCCGCAUUUGACAGCCGCCGGGGCCGCCCCCCAGCCGCCCGCGCCCCCAGGGCGGGGACCCGCCGCCGCCCCGCGCCCGCCCCGUCCCCCGCCGCCCGGCAGGAGGAUGCCGGCGGGGCUCUCCUGGCCCGAGGCGGCGGCGCUGGCGCUGCUGGCCCUGGCGCUGCUGGUCGCCCUGUGCCGGCACCUGUGGGCGCUGCGCUGGAGCCUCAGCCGGGACCGCGCCAGCGCCCUGCCCCUGCCCAGGGGCUCCAUGGGCUGGCCCUUCUUCGGGGAGACCCUGCACUGGCUGCUCCAGGGCUCCCGCUUCCACAGCUCCCGGCGGGAGAGGUACGGAAACGUCUUCAAGACCCACCUCCUGGGCCGGCCGGUGGUGCGGGUGACAGGCGCUGAGAACAUCCGCAAGAUCCUGCUGGGCGAGCACACGCUGGUCAGCACGCAGUGGCCCCAGAGCACCCAGAUCAUCCUGGGCUCCCACACCCUGCUCGGCUCCAUCGGUGACCUGCACCGCCAGCGCCGCAAGAUCCUGGCCAGAGUGUUCAGCCGUGCCGCCCUGGAGAGCUACCUGCCGCGGAUCCAGAAGGUUGUGAGCUGGGAGCUGCGGGGCUGGUGCAUGGAGCCGGGCUCCAUCGCAGUUUAUUCCUCCACUAAAACCUUAACUUUCCGCAUUGCAGCUCAGAUUCUGCUGGGGCUCCGCCUGGAGGAAAAGCAGUUCAAGGACCUGGCCAAAACUUUUGAACAGCUGGUGGAGAACCUCUUCUCCCUGCCCCUCAACAUCCCCUUCAGUGGGCUGCGCAAGGGAAUCAAAGCACGGGACAUGCUACAUGAGUUUAUGGAGAAGGCUAUACAGGAAAAACUGCAGAGAAAUAACCCAGAAGAUCACAGCGAUGCUCUGGAUUUCAUAAUAAACAGUGCCAAGCAGCAUGGCAAAGAAUUCACCAUGCAGGAGCUAAAGGAGUCAGCGAUUGAGCUCAUAUUUGCUGCUUUUUUCACCACGGCUAGUGCCAGCACCUCUCUGAUCCUCCUGCUGCUGAAGCACCCCUCAGUGAUAGAAAAAAUAAGGCAGGAGCUGAUGUCCCAUGAGCUGUACCAGCAGUGUGAGCGUUGCCCUGCGGGACCCUGCCCGGACACCCUGAGCGCCCAGAGCAGGGACAGGGAGAAGCCACUUCUUUGCCCCACGGCCAAAGAUGCUCGCGAAGACCAGAGCCAGUCCCCGAGCCUGACGGAGGAGGGUCCCCUCCAGCCCCAUGCCUCGCUGGAGCCCACCCUCCCCCAGAGCUGUCCCUGUGCUGGCCCCCAGCUGCGGGCACUGUCAGGGCAGAGCUGCUGCUGCCCCUCAGACAUCAGCCUGGAGAAGCUGAGCUGCCUGCGCUACCUGGACUGUGUGAUUAAGGAGGUGCUACGGGUGCUGCCCCCCGUCUCUGGAGGCUACAGGACGGCGCUGCAGACGUUUGAGCUGGAUGGCUACCAGAUUCCCAAAGGCUGGAGUGUCAUGUACAGCAUCCGUGACACCCACGAGACAGCUGCUGUCUACCAGAGCCCCCCUGGUGGCUUUGACCCAGACCGCUUUGGUGUCGGCCGGCCGGAGGCUGCAAGCCGCUUCCACUACAUCCCCUUCGGCGGCGGGGCGCGGAGCUGCAUCGGCAAGGAGCUGGCACAGGCCAUCCUCAAGCUGCUGGCCAUUGAGCUGGUCAGCACGGCCCGCUGGGAGCUGGCCACCCCCAGCUACCCCGCCAUGCAGACCGUGCCCAUUGUGCACCCCGUCGAUGACGGGCUGCAGCUCUACUUCCACCCCCUGCAGCCCGGCCAUGGCAGCAAGGCCUGAGCCAGGGGUACGCUGCCCCCCCCAGCCCUGGCAUCAAUGCCCCUCUGCGGCUGCUGGGGGCAGAUCUCUGCUGCCCCAGGCUGGGUAUGGCACUGGGUCACUGCAGAGCAAAACCCCAAAAGGCUUUUUGUUUUUCCUCUCCUUGUGUGCAAGCCGGUAGGGAGGGUCCUGCAGAGUCCUGCUCCCGAGCACCGGGGUGAACCUCAGCCCCAGCCUGGGGGUAAAACCUGCUGAAGCUGCUGAUGCAGAGAGCAUCCCCCCAUGGGGGCUCAGCUAGCCCCUUCCCCAUGCAGGGCUCCAGCCACCGGGGAUGGGGAGCAAAUCUCCCAGCCCCACAGCUAAGGCUCCCAGAGCUUUUCUGUCCCAGGGUUACCUCCUGCGGGUGUGUUACAGGAGACACAGGGUGAUCGUCCCGCAUACUGUAGCUUUCUAGAUGUAAAAAGAGGGAAGCUGGGGGGGGGGGGGGCUCUGCAGGAAAACACAAGCCAGGUCUGCCCAAGCUACGGCAUCAACUGUAGCUAGACUAAAAGGGCGUAAAGUGGCUUUUAUUGUAAAUAUUUAAUCUCAUUCCUGCACUUCCCAUUAGAGCUGGCACAAAGAGUAUGUGUCGUGUUCAUCCAGUAGUAGUAGCUGAGUAUGUUGUGCCUGAGCACUGCGCUGCUGCUCGAGGUCUGCCAUGAAGCGUCCCUCCGGGGUCCCCACAGGAUGCGCUCCCCAGCCGCAGCCUGACCAGGGGAUUGGGCUGAAGAAGGUAAGGGGGCUUUGGGGAAUAAACAUUUGGAAAAUGGACAUUUCUGAAUGUCUACUUUGUGGUAGAAAAUCCCCUGUCCCUGAUGAUGCCGUUUAUGUUGCAGAGGGGGCAUUUGUAAGGUGACACAAGCCCCAUGGUGGCUAGCUGGUCAGAGACUGACCGUGUCACCUCCUGCAGCCUAGCUCUGCCAGGGAAAGUGCCUGGACAGCAGCUCUGUAGGUCCGUACAGAAGCUGGUACCUGGCACUAAGCCUGGGUGCUGAGGGCACCUUUUUACGUGGCUUUUGAGUGCUGUCUGCCUUGCUGAGACAUGGGGUAUUUCUCUCCUAUGUAAAAUGAAGCGAGUCCUGUUGCUUGUGCACUGGGAACAGAGUUGGGCUGAGUUCCUUGUCCCACUGCAAUGUGUUUGCCAGUUCCUUUGAGCUUCACCACUGCUCCCCACCGUCACACAUCCUGCAGGGAAACAGCGGGGGAAACCAUCUACCUUGUUCCUCCAGCGCACCCUGGGCCCGGUGGCACGGCGUGCUCCAUGUGAAAAACCAGCAGCAGCCUGACCUGUGAGGGCAGAAAUUGGCCUGAGGACAGCGAUCCUUUGCGAAGGCUCUGGGGAGCUCCCCUACCCCUGCCUCUCUGUCAUCGCCCUGCUUCAGCGCCAGCUUACAAAUGACCUGGCCCUGGCCGGUUCCCCUCGCAUGCCUGUGCUGGGGCACUGCCGCUGCAGCGGGGCAUCGCUGCUGCCAGCUGUCAGAGGCUACCUGGGGCAGAAAUGUGGCUCCCAAAUGUGACAGGUCAAAUCUGGAAGAGGUUGAGUUGCAGGGCUGAGUUAAGUG